UCCUCCCACCACCCCCCAUCUCCUCCUCUAACCUCCCAUCUCCUCCUCUAACCUCCCAUCUCCUCCUCUAACCCCUCCAUCUCCUCUCCCUCAUGACCCCCCACACACCCUAUCUCCUCCCCCACACUCCACUCUCAUGGGGUGUAUAUAUAUAUAUAUAGAGCGCUCUGCUCUCUGAAGCAUCGUUCCUAGGAAGAGUGAGUUUUCUGUGCUCAGGGUGGAGUUUAACAGCGGAGAAUAGAGGAGCACUUUAGAACAUUGCUUCUUCUAUGUAGUCUAUACAGGGGAUGGAAGAUGCUUCUAACACUUGUCAGUUAGUACUUAAGUUACUCAGUAUUCUAAUUUUAAAUUACUCAGUAUUCUAGUUUGAAGUUACUCAGUAUUCUAGUUUUAAGUCACUCAGUACUUUAAUUUGGUCCCAGGUCCUACAGAUCCUGAGUUUUUUUGCGGGUAGUGCAGUAGCAUUAUGGGGGCACGGUUGUGCACUGUUAGGUGGACGCCAGAUGGAGGGUGUCUAGAAUGUGUUCAGCUGUCGUAUGAGAUAAAUACGUGUCGUGGGGAGCUGUCAUCCAUGGAGCAGGAGCUGCAGAGGCUGCGGAGAGACACCAGUAUGAAUUCCUCCCAGCUCAGCUACGUGGAGGAGACCCUGCGGAAGACCCAGGGCCUAUUGGAGGAGAAGAACGACACGGUUGUGGACUUGGAGGAGAAGCUCCACUGCUGUGAGGAGGACAGGCAGACCUCUGUGCAGCAUGUGAAGGAUCUGGAGGGACAGCUACAGGAGGUGCGCGAUGAGAUGCACGACACCCUAGAGAAACUACAGGAGCUGAGAGACCUGUUACAGGUCACGCAGCUUGGCGCAGAUGAAAGACAGAUUUCAUUGGAGAAACUGUCCGCCGAGCUCAGCUGGGCCAGAUGGACGUGGUCAUCAGAGACCUUACCCUGGAGAUAGUCAAAAAGGGUCAGUCCCUACAGCAGACUGGACCAGAGAAAGAGGUUAAAGACUGAGACAGACAUCAUAAAGGCCACACUACACUCAUUUGGAGUUGUUGUUGGCCCUGGAAACCACAUACUCUCCAUUCUGGACUCUGCAGCAGAGCCAGCACCUGUGUCUCGGGAGAGAACAACACAAGAACUCCAGAGGACGGCUGGGGAGCUGCAGGAUACACUUGCUGUGAGAGCCUGUGCAGAGCGAUGGAAAGCAUCACCCAACAUGCCAGGGGAGGCACAGGUGUGGGGUCCAGGCAGAGGUCAGACUGCAAGCCACUGUCUCCUCUCUGCAGCUGGAGGAGAGAGAACGGCAGGACCUGAGCCCUAGGACCAUGCCUCAGGACUACCGGGCAUGAUGACUCCUUGCUGUCCCCAGUCCACCUGGCCGUGCUGCUGCUCCAGUUUCAACUGUUCUGCCUGUGAUUAUUAUUAUUUGACCAUGCUGGUCAUUUAUGAACAUUUUGGCCAUGUUCUGUUAUAAUCUCCACCCGGCACAGCCAGAAGAGGACUGGCCACCCCACAUAGCCUGGUUUCUUCCUAGGUUUUGGCCUUUCUAGGGAGUUUUUCCUAGCCACCGUGCUUCUACACCUGCAUUGCUUGCUGUUUGGGCUUUUAGGCUGGGUUUUUGUACAGCACUUUGAGAUAUCAGUGUACUAGCCUUGUAUUGAACCCUUUAGUGAUAAGAACUAUGAUGAGCACUAUUUAGGGGCCAUAGAAAGAGCAUUUAGGCUCUGGAAAUGUCCAUACGAUCCAAACACUCUCUGUAGGUUUUGUUUUCUUCAAAGGUCAGAAAUGACUAAGAAUUGACUGACUUUUGUAUUUGACAAUGACAAAUACUACUCAAGCCGUCAAAGAUGGCGCCAUCCCAACUUCAAACAGCUCUCCAUAGCCAUGAGUGAAGGAGCCAAGCUAUCUACGCUGAGUGUACAAAACAUUAGGAACUCUUUCUCUUUCUAUGACUUAGACUGACUAGAUGAAUCCAGGUGAAAGCUUUGUGUAUGUGUGUCACCCUUGUAUGUGUUUGCACAGACUCCACCCACUGUCUGCCUGUACCAUAUGUAUCUGAAGGUUAUUCAAAAAUAAAUGCAUUGUGUUUUUUCUUCAA